CAGUUAAGAAAUCCUCUCCCAUCGUCAGUCAACAUUAUGUUAUUGAUCACCUCAGCACUUAUGCCUCAUGACCUGCAGGCAAAUGUUUUAGACAGCAUUCUAAUGGUGGAAGAUUUCAUCUUUUAACUGGACUACAUGUUUUCUGUAGAUGCAGUAAGCAUUUUGUUUGCAAGGACUUGGGCAGUUUGGACAUUUUAGUAACUACCUUGAAUACUUUAUACAACCAUGAUUAGGAAUCCAGAUUUGAGUUCCUUUGUUUGUUGUGCUGUAUGCUCAAAAAUAAUCCCACCACCACCUACAUCUGCUACUUUUGAACGGAUUCGGGAGUAUAAGCCUUUCAAAACACGGUAUUACACUCAUCGGGAUAUAUUAGAACUCGGGGCAGAUAUUCAACAAGAACAAUGUGAAAAAAGAGAACUAGAAGUAAAAGAACGGAUUGAAAAAAUUAAAGCUGAACUAUUGUCUAAGGCUGAAAUGGAAAAAGAAGAUGCAGUGCAACAAGCCCUUGAUCAGGCAAUAGAAGACCACAACUGUUUUUUAGAAGACCUAAAGAAAAAGCAUGGAAAGGAAAUAAAGGAAGCAGUGAUAAAAACAAAGAAAGAGAUGCAACGAUACCUGGAAAAUGAGCUGAAGAGGGAAUCUGAAGCUGCAGAGCAACGCAUGGCUCACAAACUUCAGCGCAUCUUGAUGGAGUGUGCUUUGGAAAAGAUGCAAGCUGUAGCUGCUGCCAGAAAACAAGAGAGGCAGGCAGCAUCCCAAGAAAUGGCCAAACAGCAAAAAAAGUAUACAGAGCAACUCCUGGAAGCUGGGCAUUUGGCUAAUGAAAUGUAUCAGAAGAACCUGGAUCAAUUAAAAGAUGAAAAAUGUUACGAAAUGAGUGUUGCUUUAGACAUCACUCAAAAAGAAAAUCAAGCGGAGAAUGAAAAGCAGCUCAAAGAAUCAGAGAUAACACAUCAGGCUAAAUAUGGAGAAGUAAUGACCUGCCUAAUAGAGAAAGAAAGUCAAGUACAGAGUCUUACCCAACAGCUGGAAAGCAUGACAGCUUGGAAAGACAACCUUGAAGGUGAAAUAGAAGAAACAAGACAAUCCUUUCAAAACUACAUUGAUAUUACAUUUCCUACGCUGGCCCCAGGACAAGCAGAUUUUAUCUUGCCAUUCAGAAAGAGACUUGAUUGAACACAGGGAUACAAAAAAGGAAGCAACAGAGAGUGACAAAGAAUGUAAAGACGAGAUCGAUGUGAGAUGUACUGAAAGUGCAGAUCAGCACUUCAAGUAGGCAGUGGUGAAAAAUAAAUCAAUUUCUGUUCACUGCACUAAA